CCUGUCCGACCUUCCAUGCUCACAACACCUAUUCCUGCUAUAUCCAUUGAGGAUGACCUGGUACCGCGAUGGAACACAUAAUCGGACUUGAAGACGCGACCAUGGCAAGGCCGAGGCCUGCGCCUCGGGGCUUCAAAGGAAACCAGCUCAACGACGCUGUAAGAGGUGCAUUCCAAUCCAUCUUCUCCUCCGAAGCUGCAACUACUCGUAUCCUGGCAUAUCGACUUGAAUCCCCCAUCUCGUGCUGUUCAUUUCCUCAUUCCUUACUCCAGACCUCAUCACAACCUACCACUCCCUCAACAGUUGCACCAUAACCACGCUGGACGAGGAGCCUUCUCCGCUCGAGUUCAUGCGCCAUGUCUCCACCAAUCGCCCUUUCGUCAUUCGCCGAGGUGCCUCUCUCUGGCCUGCGUGCCAAAAGUGGUCUGCCAGCCACCUCAAAUCCAUCAUGGGGGAUGAGCCUGUCAAUGUCGCCAUAACGCCGCAUGGGAAUGCCGAUUCGGUACUCCAAAUCCCCCGAGAAGAUGGUGAGGAACCUCUAUCAUUGUUCGUGAAGCCCUACGAAACCAUGGAACCGUUCUCCGAGGUGCUUGAUACGAUCCGUACCCAGCAGAUCCUGAACGCCUCCCCCCGGCCCCCUUCUCCGGUCCGCUACCUGCAGACGCAAAAUGACAACCUCCGCAACGAAUACACAAAGCUCUUCUCGGAUCUGCCCUCGUCGGUCCCAUUCGCACGCAUCGCACUCCAGAAGCCUCCAGACGCCAUCAACUUCUGGCUCGGAAACUCGUAUUCCACGACAGCACUGCACAAGGACAACUACGAAAAUGUAUACGUCCAAGUACUUGGCAAGAAGCACUUCGUCUUGCUUCCCCCCGUAGAGGCGCCCUGUGUGAAUGAGAGAGCGAUACUGAGCGCAACCUAUCGACCGGUGCCUGAAGCUCUUAGCAGCACACCGGCCACAGGCGACCCAUCUCUUUCUGCAACCGUUGUACCACACAUUGAUGAACCUCUCACAUACACUCCAUUCUGCACCUGGGACCCCGACGUCCCUCACCGGAAUACGACUCCAUUUUCUUCGCUCUCGCAACCGAUCCGCGUCACUCUAGAGCCGGGCGACAUGUUGUACCUCCCGGCGCUGUGGUACCAUAAAGUGGGCCAGAGUUGUAACGAAGAGGGCAUCUGCUGUGCAGUGAAUUACUGGUACGAUCUUGAAUUCGGUGGUGGCUUUUGGAGCAUGGCUGCAUUCGUGAGGAGUGCAGGCUUAUUGGCCCUGCCCGAACAUAAUCAUAAUGGCGACACAAAGACAGAAGAACGCAAGGUACCAAGCCAAUGA